CAGAUAGCUGUCGUGGAUGCUUGCCUUGCAUAAUUAUGACCGACUGAAGGACAUGGACCCUAUAUUAUAGCAAUCCAUAUACCUUUCUGUGUCUCUAUCGCCCAAGGUGCGACUGGCGCAUGCGCACCGCCCAGAGUAUCGCUAGUGGUCGAUAGCAACGUUGACGUGGUCGUCUGCUUUGGAAUAAAAUGCGAUUGUGAAAGCCCGCGUAAACUCAUUCACUAUCAAACUCCAGCACGAAUCAGGGAGAUAUUUUGUGGAGUGCGUCCAUGAGUGGUGUUUAUACAUUGAUGAGCGGUAUACGACGUGAAGUAGCGUUGUCUCCCUCGGCGUUAAGGGGGCCACUCGUUUGCUUGUAUUGGAACGGACUUUGGUUAGGAUAUCGCCCUACCUGGUCGGCGGUGAACUUCAUCCAGCGUUCGUGGUGAUUUGAUACUAUUGAUCCAUAGUUGCGUCAUUAAUACGUCACGUCAGAUGAAGCUCAUGUUGAUGGCUCCUCUCUGGUAUCCUUUCUUGUCCCGCAGCAAUCUCGGAAGGUUGUUUGCUUUAAUCAUUUACCAGCACAACUGAAGAAGCGUCCUAGUGGGGCAAAGUCUUCGAGCGGAGUCACAAGUGAAAAGCUUUUCUCGAGUACACAGUCUCUGUUUGAGCUCUCUCUGUUAUAUUUGGAUGCUAUGGUGAAUAUUGCUACUUCGGAUCACUCGGCCAAAUGAAAUUUGAAUUAUCUGGAAAUAGAACAAUUUCGACAUCGUGCCGAUAUAUCGUCAAACAUCGACCGGAAAUUUUGAUCAGACAACAAUCACCCGUGACUACAGGACUCGCAAAAGCGUGAGGAAGUCUUCAAGUAUAUUUUCAUCUGCAUCCUGUUGGAUUGUAAUCAGCCUUAUCUUAAGGCAUUUUAGCGACACCUCAGAACUCAUCAAGAAUUGUUAUAUAAAACGAGGGGAUUUUAAAUUGCACUCAUCAUGACAAACAAUAGCGUAGACCUUUCCACUGGGGGCAUGGCGACGGACUGGGACGGGGGAAGCUUCGCGUCGACUACCCAGCAACCCUUCGAUACGGUGCCCAGGAGCCAAACAGUCAACAUCUAUCUCCUCAUCUGUAUCUACGUAAUCAUCUUCCUCCUCGCCGUCAUCGGCAAUAUCCUCGUCAUCGUCACUCUCGUCCAGAAUAAGCGCAUGCGCACUGUCACGAACAUAUUCUUACUGAGUUUAUCGGUCAGUGACCUUUUAUUCGCCAUUCUGUGUAUGCCAUUCACGCUGGUCGGCAACAUUCUACAGAGGUUCAUUUUUGGGGAAGGAAUUUGCAAGAUCAUAUCUUACUUUCAAGGUGCAUCUGUGGCGGUAUCCGUCUGGACGAUGUGUGCCAUCUCUCUGGAGCGGUACCACGCUAUCUGCAACCCCCUGGCCUCCCGUGCCUGGCAGACCAAGAGCAGGGCAUGUAAGAUCACCGUGGCAGUGUGGCUCAUGUCCUUCUUAGUCUUACUCCCGUUCGCCAUCUACACGGAACACGAGAAGAUAGGCGAUACCGAAUACUACAAGUGCCGAGAAAAGUUCCCCACCCAAUUUCACAAACUGUACAUCACAUCCAUCUUCAUGGCCUUGAUGUUUAUACCGCUGUUUAUGAUGUGUAUCGCAUACGCGUUGAUCAUCAGAGAGCUAUGGCGUGGAAUGCACUAUGAGAGACAAAACACAAAAAGAGAAAAGGAACAAAAUGGAACACCCCUUAACGACCUGAGCAAGAAGAAGAAAGGUCGAAAGGCAUUAAUGGACGACAGCAGUGCCACGGAGAGCUUCCUGCGGAAAUCCCGCGGCGGCACGGGUGCGUCCUCAAAGAAGGGCGAGAGCGCGCACGCAACACCAAGGAGUACGUCAUCGAACACGGCGAAGAAACGCGUCGUCAAGAUGUUGCUCGUUCUCGUCAUACUCUUCUUCGUGUGCUGGACACCCACGUGGAGUAUGAACAUCUGGGCGACCUAUGACCCCAAGGGAGCAUAUUCAUCUGUUUCAACUCUGCAGGUUACGCUCAUACGUCUGAUGAUGUACACUUCGGCCUGCGUGAACCCAAUCAUCUAUUGCUUCAUGAAUAAGAAGUUCCGUCAGGGCUUGAUCGACGCAUUUGGCUGCUGCUGCUGUUGCUUUGUGGGCAAGAAGGCAGACACUGCAUCAUUACCCAGCCAGACCAGCGUCAGACGGAAUCAUCCAGUGCAACGCCCUCACUCGACGAACUACACCAAUAGAUGGCCGGGGCAAUCUGCUCUACGACUUAUCGUUCACUCGCAACAAUUCAACAAAAUUACCACUCCGGGUCUGGUGAGGGCAGUAUAACGAUUUUCGUAGGACUAACAUUGAUUCCAAGGCUCGUAUUAUUCUUCUCCUUCAUUUAAAGAUAAACAAACUACCCGAAGGGUUUUACUUGGUGGUCAUUGUACCGAAAAAUAAUAUCAAUAAUUAUUGAAGAAAUUGUAACCUGAAUCUUCAAAUUGGAUUUAAAGUGAACGAUAAAGAGAUUAAAGAAACGAAUUAAAAUAUUUAAGAAUAUUUAGUUCUUGCGAUCUGAAAUUCUGAAAUGAAUAUACAUUUAGGUCCAUCUAUUUUUAACUAAUACAGGGUGAGACAAUUAUCAUGAAAUGUUUUCUGUGAUAAUUGAAUGUAAUACAGUAUUUGAUUACAUUUUAUGGAAUAUAUCAAUGUCUCUUUAUUUAUAGGUGUUAACAAGACAUAAUUAUGAUUCAUCUCUGUGCGCUGGCACUUUUAAACAUUACGAUGCCAUUGUAACUAUGAUUAAAUUAAAAGAUGAUUUUCAGUUUCAGUUUUGUCUAAAAUAAGAAAAAUAAUCUAGAUUAAAAGAAAACAUACUAAGAUGUAACCUAUAUGAGUUAUUGAUAUGGGAUUUUGAUGUCGCAUUCUAUCGCGUCAUUGCAUUGAUUUUCGAAUUCAUACAUUUACAAUUUUCUUUGUAAGUUUUGCAGCUAUUCGUAACGAACAUAGUUAUGUCAAUUAAUAUUCAAUUUAUUUAAAGGUGUUACAGAACAAGUAAAAAAUAUUACGAAAAUAUAGUCGAUCGUUUGGAUGUAUGUGUGAAUGGCUAUGGAAAAGCAAAGUGAUGUGGUAAGUGAUGAAGUAUAAUGGGGCUAACAUGGCAUUCAUUUAGAAUCUUUGUUCGUUAAAUAGUUUAAAUGAAUUAAAUUCACAUAGGCUUAUUUGAGAACAUUGAUAACGUCGAUAUCAUGGUAUAAAUAAUGAUGAUGAUGAUGAUGACGAUAGACAAGAUAUAAAAUAAGAUACGUGCUUUUAUCACAUUAUUAAUAGGAUAACAUAUAUUAUAACAUGGACCAAAAGGGUCAACUCAAAGUAUAUUUUCUCCGCAAUCAUCGUCAUAGCAAAAAUGUCAUUAUUUUGUUAUCGGUAUAAUGACCACCAACGCAUUGUUAAGUUCCAUUUCAUUCACUUUGCUGCAUUUCGAUGUAUGUGUGUGUUGAUAAAAGGCAAUGAAACUUAUAUUGUUUUUAUACUUUUAAGAUUCAUUUUCAUUCUUAACCAAACAUCUAAAAAUAAUUCCGUCAAUUGAUUGGUGGUUUUGCAAUACACGUGUGACCGACGACUUCUUUAUUAAAUAGCAAAAUAUUACUACGUUUAUUAGAAAUAAGACGUUAUGAAGUGUCUUUGUUGACCAUAUUUUCACACUAGGUUUCCGGUUCAUGAACUGUUCACUUCUCUCCACGUUGACAAAUUGUUCUGAUUGAAAAAUAAAUUAAAGUGUAAAGUAAAAGCAAUCAUGUAAUGGUGUCAUGUAAUGGAUAAAAUGCUUUAUUCAAAAUUGAUUGAAAAGGUGUAUCAAUGAAGAGUUGUGGAUGUUUUAUUGUGAUGAAAUUAUGUGUACUUUUUCUCCACUGAUAGAAAAGAAACGUAUUCAAAAUAAGUGAGUUUCGCAAAAACAUGAUAAAGAAACGUAACAAGUGUGGUUGUGAAAGUAAAAUGUAGUCUCUCUCCUAGUAGCCCGAAGUCGGGAUAUUUCAUUGUACACUUUGUCAGGAUAGUAUCAGCUUUUUCCUCAAUUUAUUUCAAAAUAUGUAUUGAAGAAUUAGCUACCUCGUUUGUAACUCCAUAAAUGCUAUAUGAGUUGGAGUGACAACACUGACCGUUCAAUUCGCUCAUAUUCAGAUCUUUUGAAAUGAUAAUGUUCUCAUGUAAUAAUAACCCCCUUUUAGACACACAGCAACAAAAUUCACAUAAUUUCUUUUCAGGAUUCACAAUUCAAAGUUCACAAAAAUUGUCUACAAAAUCUUUACCAAACUCUAUCAGCUAAACGAGUAUUACAUAGUAUUUCAAACAUUUGUUUAAAAUACCAAGAAAUUUAUGAUGGUACAGACUGUCUUUGGGAUUGAGAUCAAUGAUUAAAAAAGAACGAACCGAUUGACUCUCCAUAAAGAAAAAGAAAUUGCUGCCUGAGGUAGCGAUAUUUCUUUUUUAAUAAUUUCUCAGUUUGUCUGAAACAGCCCAAAGCAGUAUUAAUCUGGGUUUUUAAUCAAUAUGUGUAAUGAAAGAAAAAUGUAAGUUACUCUAUCUUUGGACAGAAAAUUAACUGAUAUGUUAUUUAUGUUAGGGUUAAUACAUUUUAUCCCAUAUUUGUAAAAAAUUAUUUUUAGGAAAUCAAUCACUGAAAAAUCGAUUUGCUCGGCGAUGUAUAACGGCUUACAUUAAGCUCAAGUAUGAGGGAAAACUGAUUAAAAAAUUGUCCCUAAUGACUAUGGAUUUCGAACGAUAUCGUACUUUAUUUCCUUAGGAACAUACACUGAAGAAAAUUCAUACCGUACUUCUAAAUCACACUUCCCCUUCUCCUGUCAGAUGAAGUAAAGCUAGAAAAAAGAACACGAACUGUGUAUUGCAUCACUAUUUUUUCUUUGAGAGCAACAAUACAUAGCCCGCAAAAUGUUAGAUUAUUUGCUUUGUUUUCUUACGUUAAGAUUCUAAAUUGUGAUAUUUACCUUACAAUCGUUGCUUCCUCCUUCGUCAUAUUGUUUGCGACCUUAUAUUUUAGUGUGUUUACUUGACAUGACUAUGCUUCACUGAACGUUUUGUAUAAUAAAGCUACCUAUCUCAACA